GUACCGUAAUGGCCAGCCUGAUUGCAGAUGACUACCUACAUUAGCCCUUUCCUACAACACAGAAAGCUUCGGCAGCUGAAUGGCUCAUGUCCUUGAUUGAAGCACAUGCUAGGCCACUAUAACUACCGAGUUAAGGGUCCAGGAUCCAUCACACCAGCUCCACCCGACCAAAGCCCCCGCUUCCUAUUUAAAGGCUAGGAAGGCACUGGUGUCUUGAAAACGUGUCAGGAAGAGUUCCCACCUUAUCCCCAUUUGUCUCAUCAUGGCCAUUGCGAGUUCCACCUCUGCCGCCCCGAAAGGCAACGCUUUCGUUGGAACCGAAGGGAUUUAUAACCUCCCGCACCAUAAACGGGAGAUCGACCGUCUCCAACGGCAGCACAACUUCAUUCUGUCGUCCACAGGAGGCCUUCUCCUGAGCAUGCCUGUGGAGACCAAUGCUGCACUGAGGAUUCUGGAUGCUGGUGCAGCGGAUGGAACCUGGCUUCGUUCUCUAGCACAGCACUAUCCCAAUCAGAAAUGGUCCCUUCAUGGCAUCGACAUUGGCUCCGCGCUUUUCCCGCCCCCAUCUGCAGACGGUCCGAUUGUGGAUCUUCAGAAGCAUGAUAUCCGGGAGCCAAUUCCAAAGCAUCUGCACCUACCAGAAAGCUUCGACAUCGUUCAUCAACGUUAUCUUAUAUGGGGCCUGAAAAGCUCGGAAUGGCCACAGGCCGUGGGAAACUUGCGUUCAGUGUUGAAGCCUGGAGGCUGGAUUCAGCUCGUGGAAGCCCAAUGGGUAGAUCGUGACACACCAUUUGACCCUGUUAAGUUCCCUACCCUUGCCAAGAUGUCGGAGUUCGAAAAGUGGAGCACUGCUGCUUUUGGGAUGAAUGCUUAUAUUGCUUAUGAACUGGAGGAUUUGCUCAGCGACCUGGGGUUUAGGAACAUUAAGAAAACAUCGUUCGCUUUGGGGUAUGGUGCAAUGGCUAGAGAGGAGCAGUGGAAAGUGGCCUCUGCUCAUAUAUUGGUGGAAGGAUUCCGCAGCCUCGGGCAUAAAAUGCCCCCUGGCGGUAUCCCUGGGGUGGCAAGAACCCCGGCUGAGUACGAUGCUUUCUUGGACGAAUUGCGGGACGACGUGAUAAAGCAUGGAUAUGCGCCGCAGCUGAAUAUUGUCAUUGGGCAGAAGCCCUCGGAACUGGCUUUAGCCUCACUCUGAGUGCACAGGCGCUGAUUUUGUCUGGACAAGGUACAUGAUGUGGGUUCGUGCGUUGGACCAUAUAUUGUAAUGUGUUUAUUCUUGAGUGUUUUGGUUGAAAUGCUAUAACUGUAC